AUGGUGCGUUCAUGGAGAGGCCCCUCCCAGCAGCACCUGCACCUGGACGGACCGAUGCAAUGGGAUGAGAUGGAGCUGCACCUCGCCCUGGACGAGCUGGUGAAGGCCGAGAGCUGCCCCUCGCCGGGCCCCGCGCCCAGCGCGGUGCCUGCCGCCCACCCGGUCCUGGGCUCCGGGGGCGCGCCCAAUGCACUGGACCCGGGCCCCAAGCUGCAACACGCGGCCCCCGGCUACCCGCCGCCCACCCCCGGCCUCUCCUCCGCCACCUGGGACGAGCAGUCGGCGGACAACUGCACCGCCGACCUGGGGGCCUGCUCCUUCUACUACCAGCGCAACCACAUCUGCCCCGCACACCUGAAGGCCGGGGCCUACGCCGUGCGCGGCGUGUCCACCCGCUUCUGCCAGCGCUGCGGCGUGGGCCACCCGGUGGAGGACUUCUCCGGGGCUAAGCGUUCCUGCAAGAAGGCGCUGGAUCGGCACAACCAGCGCCGACGCGAGAAGCAGGGCGGCAGCGAGGGCGGCCAGACGGGCGAGGACACCGGCGGCCCUAGCCAGUCGCGCGCGACGCCCCACGCCUCCCACGCCAACCUAGCCGCCUGCUCCGCCAUGCACCCCGCGCCGCCGGCGUGCCAGCCGGACGCCGGCGCGGACUGGGAGGCUAGCAGCCGGUUCGGAGGCGGCGCCUACGCUGCCGCGCAGCCCUGGAACCUGCCCCCGGACCUCCUGCCCCUGCUGGGCAUGAGCCCGCCGGAGGGCGCCGUGUACGGCGGGGCGGGGCCGGGCGCGGCGGCCCCGGCGCAGGGAACGAGCGCCGGCGAGGUCGCGCACCUGCAGCACUGGCUGGCGGCCGGACAGGGCUGGGGGGAGUUCCCGCAGCAGGCGGCGCAGCAGGCGUGGCAGCAGCCCCAGGAUGCCAGCGGCGAGAGCGGGGCGUUCAUGCACUCGGCGGCGCCCCCGCCCGCCCCGUCCAGCCUGUACGCGGCGCUGGGCGAGCCGAGCCUCAGUGUGGGCAGCGUGGCCAUGCCCACCCUGGACCCGGGCAUGCUGUCCAUGGCGCCCAUGCCCCCCGAGCAGCUGUCCUGGCUCAGCUCGCAGCUCUGA